AUGUUGUGGUAUAUUUGGCUGACCUUGCUACUGAGCAGCGUGGUUUCUGCGCAGGUGCCGGAGCAGAGCGACGAUUCAGAUCAGGCUUUGGCGGAAGAGUUGCUCCUCAGCUUCGACUCGUACGAAAAUGACCGCAUCAACGUGUUUCUCAACACCUACACGGUGGAGGACGACGACGAGUCCACUGCAGAACGACCGGACGUUUUUGGCCGUCUGGAAAUCAUGGUCAAGAAAUACGACGCAAACCGCAAGUUGAGCAAUAUUUUGCACCAGGAGCUUAUCUACAAUUUAAGCUCGGCAGAUCGCCUUCCGCAGAGCGAUUUCGGCUGGUUCCGCAGCAACAGCCGGUCUGUUGACUACGUCCAGAUGGAGCCGGUUCGGAUCAACAACAAGGUGUACGACUAUAGGGACGGCCAGCUGGUGAACGUGCGGCUGCUCUAUUUCCAGCUCGUGCACUUUGGCGUCGAGACGGCGUUCGUGGGACGCAAGUUUCUGGUCGUUGUGAAGUAUCUGGAGGACGAGAUUUUCCUUGUGAGCGAUAUGGAGCCGGACUACGACGAGAGCAAGGGCUGGACCCGGUUUGUGCAGCACAACGAGUACUGGAUUAUUUCGCUGCUCUCUGUUCUCUUUCUUGUGCUCUCGCUCAUCGCCAUCUAUCUGCUGGUGCUUUUCAACAGCAGACUGGCCGACCGUGCGAGCCGGCGUAAGGGCCGCGACUGGGUCGAGGACGAGAAGGAGCGCCUAAUACGCGAGUUUUUCAAAAGAUGA